CCGCGGCGGGCGCGGCGCUCCCGGCGUGCGGCGCGCGGCCGGAAGCGGAAGCGCGGUCGCGGCGAUCAUGGUGCCGCUGGGGCGGGGAAGGAGCCGCCGGCACCCGAUGAGCCGUUCCGGUGGGAGCUGCCGGUAGCGCGGAGCCAUGGGUGAGAACAGCCCCGAAGGCAACGCCGUGUGCUGUGAGGCGGAGGAAGAAGACUUAGCCCAAGAUGAAAAUAUGAUGAGGUUUGCCGACAAAAACGGGCUGGUGUCCUCCUCGUCCGGGACGGUAUACGACAGGACAACUGUGCUUAUCGAGCAGGACCACAGUGUGCUGGAGGAUGAGGAGGAUGAAGGACAGUGCGGUGACCACUUGCCUUUUUUACCCGAGGGUCACGAAGAAGGAUUCCAUUUAAUACCAGAUCAUGAAGGGAUGUCACAGGGUUAUGUGCAACAUAUUAUUUCUCCAGAUCAGAUUCAUCUAACGAUAAAUCCUGGUUCAACUCCCAUGCCAAGGAAUAUUGAAGGAGCAACUCUCACCUUGCAGUCGGAGUGCCCAAAAACCAAGCGGAAGGAGGUGAAGCGCUACCAGUGCACCUUUGAGGGCUGUCCCCGCACCUACAGCACCGCUGGCAACCUGCGCACGCACCAGAAGACGCACCGGGGGGAGUACACCUUCGUGUGCAACCAGGAGGGCUGUGGCAAGGCCUUCCUCACCUCCUACAGCCUCAAAAUCCACGUCCGGGUGCACACCAAGGAGAAACCCUUCGAGUGCGACGUGCAGGGCUGUGAGAAGGCGUUCAACACGCUGUACAGGUUGAAAGCACAUCAAAGGCUUCACACAGGGAAAACAUUUAACUGUGAAUCAGAAGGCUGCAGCAAAUACUUCACAACGCACAGUGACCUGAGGAAGCACAUUCGAACACACACAGGAGAAAAGCCAUUUCGGUGUGAGCAUGAUGGCUGUGGGAAGGCUUUUGCUGCAAGCCACCACCUCAAAACACAUGUUAGAACACAUACUGGGGAGAAACCCUUCUUCUGUCCCAGCAAUGGCUGUGAGAAGACUUUCAGUACCCAGUACAGUCUCAAGAGUCACAUGAAAGGUCAUGAGAAGGGACAUACCUAUAAUGCACUUCCCAAUAACAAUGUGUCUGAGGAUACAAGUCACUCACUUUGUCUGAGUGAUUUAAGCCUCAUAUCAACAGAUUCAGAAUUGCGGGAGAACUCUAAUCCAACACAUGGACAGGACCUCAGCACAAUCUCACCAGCAAGCAUCUUCGAGUCUAUGUUUCAGAGCCCAGACCACACUGCAAACCAGGAUGACUCUCAGCAGACAGCAGCUUCCUUGAUUGAAAGGUUUAACGGCGACGCAGACUCGGUGGCUGCGGUCCCGCCCCCAGCAGGAGACGCAGCCUCGCUGUCCCUCCCUCUGGUCCUGCAGCUCGGCCUCCCUGAGCCGGCUCAGGCAGCGCUGCAAGCCUCGGCGGCGCCCGCUGCUCCCUCCUCCAUCGCACCCAGCUCACAGCCAGCUGCCUUUGGGAAUCCUGCAACUGUUUUACAAUCCCCAGAAGUGCCUGUUCCUCGCAGCACACCGUUUGCAGCCAGUCACCAAGACUUCCUGCAGCACAGCCAGCCUCCGCCGCAGCCCAUCGUUCAGGGACUGUCAGUGGUUGCUGGGGCUCCUGCCCCGACAGCCCCGAGUGCCACUGAGCCCCUGCCAGCUGUAGUUCAGACUGUGCCUGUUGGUGCAAACCCUGUUUUGACCAGUAACCCCACUAUAACCAUUACUCCUUCUCCAAGCACCGCCAUUCUGCAGUCCAGCAUUGUCAUGGGAGAGCAGAACUUACAAUGGAUCUUAAAUGGUGCCACUGGUUCCCCACAAAGCCAAGAACAAAUGCCACAAGUUCCAAAAGUAGAAAAGGUGUUUUUUACCACUGCAUUACCAGUAGCUGGUAACACAGGAAACCCUGUUCAGCAGAUUGGUCUCAGCGUUCCUGUUAUCAUUAUAAAGCAGGAGGAGGCCUGCCAGUGCCAGUGUGCCUGCAGAGACUCUGCCAAGGACAAAGCCACCUCCACCGUUAAGAAGGAAUGUUCCUCACCUGAUUCAAAAGCUUUGGAGCAGCCAGCUUCCCAGCUGCAGCCUCAGACCUUUCCUUCCUCCUCUGCUCCUCCUCCUUGUGGGCAGAGCAGUCAGAUAGUUAACCCUUCAGACUCCCAGACUGAAACAUUAAGUGCCAUGGAUGUAUCAGACUUCCUGUCCCUCCAAAGCCCUGAAACCCCAUCUAAUAUAAUUCCAAUUGAAGCACUACUGCAGGGUGAGGAAGAAAUUGGUUUGAAUAGCAGCUUCUCUAAGUGAAGAUGUUCCAGAUUUUUCCUUUGCACCUGGAGGGUAAAACCCUUCUCCUUAGAAGCAGAAACUGAAGGAUCGAUUCUUAUUCCUUCCUCUUUGGAAGUUUUGUGGCUUAUUUCUGCUUCACGGAUGUCAUCUUAGUCACGUCCCAGGUACAUCCACCUUUGAGAUUCUAUCUAAAAAAAAGAAAAGG